GAAAAACACAGCAUCCCCUUCUCCUUCGAAGAUCUGGGUUUUACCUAUGAUCUUCGUUCUUCUGGAGCUGGUCGGUUUACCCUGGCCGUCAAAGAUGCUCGCGAGGCGCUGAUAUUGAGGGCGGACAAAGCUAAUGAUCGUGGCUGGAUGAGCCAGUUCUUCUUUGUGCAAAAAGAUUCCCUAAGUUCUGAGGGCGCAUUUCUUGAAGAGAGUUUACACAAAGAUAGGAAGACUAUCCCCUUGAGCUAUGGUCCAGACUCUGAAGGAAGGACUGUCAAAAUUUUAUCUUUAACUUCUGC